AUGGCCUCACCCUCAAGCUCCUCGGGUCAGUACCGGCAGCCGUGGCCGCUGAAGCCAACGCCAUCAGACAGAGAGAGCGUCAUCGAACUGGAACACGUCUACUCCCCCUCUCCCGAUGUCACACCUCCUUCUAUCAUCACCACUAAUACUAGUACUUACCAACCCCACCAACCAUCGUCUCCAUCCUCCUCCUCCCGCUCCUCCUCCUCAUCCUUCAAACACCUCUUCACAUUCACGCCCGCGGGGCACAUCCCCCUCCUCGCGUUAGCCGUCAGCACCGCAGCGGUCGUAGCAGCGGGCCGCACGGCGUACGCCAUACUGCUGGGCAAGAUCUUUGAGGUGGUCGCGCGGUUCGGGGCAGGCCUACUCCCUACUUCGGAGUUCCUGUCCCAGAUUGCGCGGUGGGCCGUCUGGAUGUGUGUGUUGGGCGGCGGGAUGCUGGUGUUCUCGACUGUGGAUGUCAUGGCCUGGGUCGUGGGGGGCGAGUUGAGGGCGCGCAGGGUGAGGGAGAGCGUUUUUGAGGCCUUGUUGGGACGGAAUAUGGGCUGGUUUGAGAAACGCGGGGAGGGGUUCGGUGGGUUGAUUGCUGGUGUUCAGACACAAACCAGGGAGCUUCAGACUGCGACGUCCCAGACGCUGGGGUAUCUGGUCUGUGACGUGUUUGUCUUUGGGGCCUGCAUCGUCGUGGCCUUUGUCUACUCGUUCAAGCUGACGCUCGUCAUGCUGGCCACGGGCGUCCCCUCGGCGCUCGUUCUCUGGACCAUCAGCCGGUUCCUGGACCCGGCCAUCGAGGCGCAGAAGCGGGAGCUUGCGCAGGCCGCUAAGCACGUCACUGCCGCCACCACCGCCAUCGACCUCGUCAAGGUGUACAACGGGGCCGACCACGAGGCGUUCCAGUUCAUUUCGGCCGUCCGACGCUCCGCCAAGCACUAUUCACGCCAGGUGCUGUGCAACUGCGGCCAGAUGAGCUACAUCAAGCUGUGGAUGAUCAUGCUCUUCGUGCUGGGCUUCUGGUUCGCCGUGCUGCUGGUCGGCCGGGGCGAGCUCACGCCGGGGAAUGCGCUGACAACCUUCUACGCCGCGCUGAUUGCCUUCCAGUCGAUCGAAACGCUGGGCCCGCACUGGCUCGUUCUGGCCAAGGGCAUGGCGGCGGGGCAGUUGCUUCAGGGGUUGGUCAAGGAGGGAGGAAGCGCCCUGGUGGAUAAGGUCACCGGCUGGCGGAAACCCUCGAAAUGUUCAGGAGAGAUUCAGAUGACCGAUAUCAGCUUUGCGUACCCGGUUAAUCCCAGCAAGACAGUCCUCAAGCGAUCGUCGUUGAGGUUCGAGCCCGGGAAGCUCACGUUUGUCGUCGGGCCGAGUGGCUCAGGCAAGAGCACGCUGGGGAAUCUCCUCGUCAGGUUCUACGAACCUCGGACCGGGUACAUCACUCUCGACGGCAACCCGAUCACGACCCUUGACCUCGACUGGCUCCGCCGAAACGUCACCCUGAUCCAGCAGUCCAGCACGCUGUUCAACGACACCUUCUUCCGUAAUGUCGCUUCUGGCGCCAUGGAACCGCACGAGGUCUCCCCUGAUGACAUCCGCGACGCUUGCAGUUUUGCUCUUCUCCAGUCGACCAUCUCUGGCAUGCCCGAAGGCGGCGACACCGUGAUCGGCUCGGUGGGAUACAACCUCAGCGGUGGGCAGAGGCAGAGGCUGGCGCUUGCUCGGGCGAAACUCCGUGACCCACCUGUCUUGAUCUUGGACGAGAUCACCAGUGGGCUGGACCCUGUGAGCCGGACGCUGAUCAUGGAGGCUAUUCGGAUCUGGAGGAAGGGGAAGACAACCAUCGUCAUCACCCACGAUGUUGGGCAUAUUGAGGACGGCGAGUAUGUCUACGUCCUGGCCGACGGAUGCGUUGUUCAGCAGGGUGUGAAGGCGGACAUGGCCGAGAAUGAGAGCGGCAUGUUUGCUUCGCUGGCUGCCUCGGCGGCCGAUUCUCCAUCAAGCAGCUCGGUCUCGAGCGAGGACGAGUUCGUCUCGGAAGCUUCCGAUGACGAACCCAUUCAGGAGGCGCAGUACGCCAAGUUCCUUCGCAGCACGCUGGUCGACAGCCGGCCGCUGACUGUGGGCCUCUUCCGGCGGUUCUCGUUGCGGGCGGAGGCUCCAGCCAGAGACUCUGUUGUCCAUCGCUCGGCAUCGCGCAGAGCAGUCCACAACCGAGAGAUGCCCAACAAGUCAGCGCUUCGCCGUUCUGCGUCCCGUACGUCAGCCGUCAACCGUUCCGCGUCGCGCAGGUUCAGUCGCACCUCCAGCAUACAGAUCGUAGCCCAGCGGGGCCUGGGAGUGCAGAAGAGUAGGACUCUCAACGCACGACAGGCCCGUCGCAACGACCUGGACGCCCAGCGGCAGGAUUCGCUCGACUCACUGGAGCUCUUCUUCCUUGAGCGCCUUGCUAAGCGCAAGGACCUGGAGAAGAAGCCACGGAAAGGUCCCCUCGUCCCGUCUCUCAUGGCAAUCCUGAGAACUGUCUGGCCGACUUUGGACAAGGUGGGCAAGGGGCAGCUGGUCCUCGGUAUUGUGCUGUGCUUGGUCAUGGCCGCCAGCACUCCCGUCUUCUCCUUCUUCUUUGCCAACCUCCUGCAAGGAUUCUGGCUUCCCGAGGGCCGACGAAGCCAUACCGCCCGGUGGACUGGUCUGCUGGCUGCCAUUGCCGUCAUCGACGCGAGCGCCACUUUCUUUGGGUAUUUCCUCAUGGAGCAGGUGGCCCAGAAAUGGGUCAACACGCUCCGCGCCGAGGCCAUCAAGCGCAUCCUCAGCCAGCCCAAGGCGUGGUUCGACAAGGCCAGCCACUCGCCCGGCCGCAUCACCCAGUGUCUCGACCGCAACGGCGAGGAGAUGCGCAAGCUCGUCGGCAUGUUUGUGCCGAUUCUCCUGACCGUCACCACCAUGAUCUUCGCCUCGGUGGUCUGGGCGCUGGCCAUCCGCUGGGAUCUCGCUCUGGUGACGCUGGCAGGCGUGCCGGUGGUGAUCGCCGCGGUGCGCGCCAACUCUUUCAUGAGCGACAAGUGGGAGGCCAUCUGCGACGAGGCUGCUGCGUCCUCGAAUGCCGUCUUCAGCGAGACCUUCUCCAACAUCAAGGUCGUGCGUGCCUUGACACUGGAGCGCUAUUUCUCCGACAAGCACGCCGGCUCGGCCUCGGCAGCCUUCCGUCUCGGUGCGAAGCGCGCGGGCUUCGUCGGCAUCUUCUAUGGGGUGCACCAGUCCAUCGCCUUCUUUCUGACGGCUCUCGUCUUUUUCUACGGCGCCAAGAUCCUCAGCGAAGGCCGCACCACGGUGACCGACGUCGUUCGGGUCAUCAACCUGCUCCUCUUUUCGCUGGGCACCUCGGUCGGCAUGCUAGGCAACGUCCCGCAGAUCGCCGCGGCCAAGGUGACGGCCGUGCAGAUGCUGUACUACGCCAACCUUGCCCACACGGCCGGCCAUGAGGCCCAGGGCGAGCAGCGCGUGCGGACGCCCCUGCCCGUGCGCAUGACCAACCUCCGGUUUGCCUACGCCCGCGAUCCGCAGACCCAAGUUCUGCGCGGCAUCAACCUGGAGAUUCGCGUGGGAACUUGCACCGCCAUCGUCGGCGCCUCAGGAUGCGGUAAGACCACCAUCGCGAGCCUUCUUCUUCGCCUCUACGACCCUCUGCCAGGAGACGACGACGACAGCAACAAUAACAACAACAACAUCAACACCUUACCGCGCCGACUACCACCGCCAACCACAACAACAACAAUAGCAGCAACUGCAAUCUCCCCAAUCCUCGAAUCGCCAACCACUACUACUACCCUUCCCGCCAUCGAUACUAGUACUAGCAUUUCCCACCACGACUUUGUCCACCCCCCCAGCAGCCUAACCUACGCCUCGCACCCGGCCUGCGCGCUGCAUACGCCCUCCCUGCGCACACACAUCGCCUAUGUGCCGCAGACGCCCUUCCUCUUCCCGCUCACCGUCCGCGCCAACCUCACCUACGGCCUCCACGACACCUCCCCCUUGCAUUCCGAGUCUAACAUCACACUCGCCGCCAAGCAGGCCAACAUCCACGACUUUGUCGUCUCCCUGCCCCGGGGUUACGACACACCCCUCGGGGAAGGCGGGUUGUCCGUCUCGGGGGGCCAGGCGCAGAGGCUUUGCAUUGCGAGAGCGCUCGCGCACAGGCCGAGGUUGUUGGUCCUGGAUGAGCCGACCAGUGCGUUGGAUGCCGAGGCGGCGGCGGAGGUCAGGAGGGUUGUACAGCGGCUUGUGCAACACGUGGAAGGAGAGAGGCAGGAGGGGGGCAUGGCGGUUGUGGUUAUCACGCACAGCGAGGAGAUGAUGAGGGUUGCGGAUGAGGUGGUUAUGAUGGAUGGUGGGGUAGUGGUGGAGAGCGGGGGAGGGUAUGAGGAGCUUGUUAAGAGGGGAGGGAAGUUCGCGGCGUUGGUUGGGGGUGGGGGCUGGACUGGUGAUGUUGGAGGAGAAUUGGGUUUGGGUGAGGAGAGGAAGGAGAGGCGAAAGAAGAGGAGAUGGGCCGAUGUGAAGCGGUCGAGGGAGGAGGCGUUGAGGCGGCUGGAGGGUGACAUUUCUGGACCGGAGGGCGCUUGA